CCAGCUUCUUUAGCCUGGGAUGAGCGCAAGAUCUCUCCAGGUCGACCCAUUAUGCAACAGGUUUUAGCCGCAUCUGCGUUGGCAUCUGGACCAGCUACGUCUGAAAAGUUUGACUUUCUAUCUAUUAAGGAUGGUGAACUUUAUAAACUUAUAAGCAAGUUGCCUCCGAAAAACUCUCUUAGUAAUCCUGUGACUAAGCGAAAUAAGCCAUCAAAGUGUCAAUUACAAGGCAGAAUGUCAAAGGAUAAAUUACACGUAAUUACAGGGGGUGCUUCUAAUUCCCCCGAGACUCUUAUCAGGUCGGUCGAUGUUUCAGUUCCUGAAAAAAGCAUACAGCUACUAUCAUAUAAAAAUGAAUCAAGUGGAAAAGUUUGCAAUCCUGAUGAGGCUCUGGAUAAUGAUGGUGGCGAGCCUUGGCGUUUGGUGGUUCACUCCAAGUCCCGUCAUGCAAAAAAAAUGAAGGCAAUUAAGCAACUUAUUUCAUCUAAUGGUAAUUCGAAUGAGAAUGCUAAUUCCUUAAAUUGUGCUGAUCAUAUGCAAUCGCUUGAAGCGAUGAAGUUGGGCGUCAUUCAUGCGCCUGUCGACCAUUCAUUGAAGGCCUCCAUAGCUACUCCUAUAAAUGGCUUUCGCUCGUCACUUUAUGUAGAUGAGUGUUUAAACAAUCAAGUUGAAAAACAUUUUAUUUCUCAAGACGAAAUCAUUCCUAAGCAAGACUACAAGAUUGGAGAAUGUCAAGGGCUUCUGGACGCCUUAGAGCGAAGGACCAGUGAUGAAAUUCAUUUGGAGGCUUGUCAACUACUAGAGGAUGACGACAGCAUUGAGUCACUGCCACUCGAACCCGGUUCGAAUGAGGCUGAUGAGGAUGAAAUAGCCAUGGCUUCCACAUCGGGUUGGUCAGACUUGGACUAUGCUGAUGACCUCAGCUGUCAGGGUUCUCGUGUCCCCAUACCAUCUUCUGGUGCAGCAGAUGAUCCGAAUGAUGCAGACGAUGAGGGAAGAAACGAAUGCAGUGCUGUGGUUGGCCCGGAUGAUGAAGAUGAUGAUGAUGCGGCUUGGUCCCAAAAUCUAAAGCAACUUGACGAAGUUAGCUAA